UGUUGAGCGACAUUCAAGUUUUCUUUGGAGUGAAUUGUCGAGAAUUGAGGAGUUUGCUCAAAGAAAGUCUCAACCCAAUCAUAAAGACGAUGGAUCGUAUAAUCGAAAAACGUUCUUGUUCACAAACACCUCCGCCGAAGAUCAGGGGCCAAAUCAAGAGGAGAGACGACACUCGACCCGUUCCUACAUCCAAUUGGAACGAAAGAUCUUACGAAGAGGAUUCCAAUUUCCGAAGCAAUGUCAAAAGUUCAACGAGAAGAGAGCCAAGAAAUUUUGCAUGUUUUAAUCCAGAAAGUCUAGCUCGUCUUCAAGAGUGUGUUGACAAUUUCGUCAAAGAAACACAAUUGCAAGAACAACUACAAAAAGAAAGUGUUUGCAAAAAUAAAGAAGUGAAAGUUGAAAACGACAUUGAGAGCAAUGAAAAUAAGAAAAUCGAUGUGAGAAAUGUUGGAGUCGAAAAUGAGAAUGAGAGUGAAAAUGAAGAAUUUGAAAAAGAAAUUGUUUGUGCAAAGGAGAAAGAGUGUCAAAUUUCAAUUUGCACUAACAACCUUAACCAUUCUUCUUCUAUUUUUGGAUCUUCAUUGUUGCAGGAGGACAAGACGAGUACUUCCAGAAACAUGAUAAACACAUCGCCAACCCUAUUGAUGAUCGAGCAUCGUCCAUGCUCUAGCAAUGUUUCAAAGAAGGACUUAAUGAAAAUUUCUAUUCCCAAGGAACUGGUACCCAAUGAUAUCAUCAAGUAUCAUCCAAGGUUUAAUCUUUCUAACUCUUUUGUUAUUGAUUUACCUACUAACUUUUAUUUACUAUUUGGAGGGACGAUACAAAAACGUGGAAUUGAUGUAUUGAGUUGCGAGGAUAAGUAUCUUUGCAAUCUUGAUAAGAAAUUGCCACUCUCCAAUUUGCAAAUAAACGAUUUGAAGGAAAAGCUAUCCCACCAUCCUCAUGAUGAUUCAAGGAAAUAUGAAGUUACCAAAUAUGAAGUCAAGAGGUUGACCAUUGGAGAAAGGUAUGAGGAUUCCAUCCAUCCUACAUCAAGAAGGUCUUCAAUGAGAAAUCAUUUCGAUUUGAGGACAAAUCGCCAAAAAGAAAGGGAGGAUGAUGUGAGCACGUUUAGGGCCGGUUUUCUCCAUGACGAAAACCCCUCAAGGACGUUCUACCUUAUUAACUCUAAGGGAGUAAUUCCUUACUUUAUUACUUAUUUACUUAUUUAUGCAUUACAUUGCAUAUUAGUAAUUAAGUUGUUUAGUAUGUUAGAGUAGCUUUGCAUAUCAUGUUUCACAAUUUCGUUCAAACAUCAAUUCAUGUCAUGCAUAUUAUUAGUUUUUGCAUUCCAUCUUAGCAUUUAAAAUGUUCACAUGUUAUGUAGCAUGUUUCCAUAAACAGCAUACACAUCAUAUAUAUAACUAAUGUGCAUUCAUCUUAGUUCCUAGGUUUUCAACUAAGUUCACGUGUUGUUCACACAAUAAACAUAUCAUAGUGCAAAUCAUUUGCAUUCAUAUUUAAUCGUUUGAUUAGCUCAUUAGCAUUAUCAUAUUAACAUGUUUCAUGUAAAUCCAUGCAUUCAUUUUUAAUACUUAUAGUUUUCACGUGUUUUUCAUGUUUUUACUUCCAUAUGAUUGCAUAGCAUUUAUGUUGUUCAUUGCAUUCAACACUGUUCACGUGUUAAACAGCAUAUCCUUUAUGAAGUUCAUCAAUUGCAUUCAUAUUUAAUUGACAGUACAUUUCACUCAUAUUUACAUCCAGCAUCUUCACGAGUGGUUAAUAUAGUUAAUAAACAUGCACAUGGUUUCACAAAACACAAGGUCAUACAUGGCAGUAAGUGUUUGAGCACUAUAUCAUUAUAAUACUUGUUUAUUCUUGCACUUAUAGGGCAUGCCCAUGCUGGACGGUUUUUGAAGAGCUUUCUAACACAUUUCCAGUACAAAUACACGGCAACAAGCUAUUAUAUUAUGGAACCUAUUUGGCAGAAUAUUGGAGCAUUACUUUCAAACAAUUCCAGCACAAGACACGACAAUAUGGGCAUCAUAAAAAAUUCAAAGCAUUUGGCAGCAUGUUCAGCAUUUAAGACAUAAACAAUUCAUCAAGGGAACAUCAAGCACAUGCCCCAUGAUGCACGAUUUUUAAUGGAGAA